AUGCUUUUGUGCAGAUCACAAGACUCGUGCAACAAUCAAAGCAACAAAGAAACUGAACACGAGUUCUUCUCACUUCGCAUCUUCUUCAUGUUGAUUUGGGACAAGCAAAUGAAUUGUUUUUCGGUGACAUCCGUUAAUUUUGACGUCAAGCCGAUGAGAAAAAAAAAAUAUGCAAAAGAAAACUUUCAUCCACCCACGCUUGAAGGUCGUAAUGAAUUUACAUCUUGUUAA